AUGGGCAGGAUCAUUUUCUAUGAGGACAGGAACUUCCAGGGCCGGUCCUAUGACUGCAGCAGCGACUGCUCUGACAUCCACAUGCACCUGAACCGCUGCAACUCCUGCAGGGUGGAAAAUGGGUGCUUUGUGGCGUAUGACCGCCCAAACUUCAUGGGUAAUCAGAUCUUCCUGAAGAGAGGGGAGUAUUCUGACUUUCAGUGCAUGGGGAGCAUGAUGGGCAUGGGUAUGUUGGAUACCGUGCGCUCCUGUCGCGUGGUGCCAAUGCACAGGGGGCAGUUCAGGAUGAGGAUCUACAAAAGGGAGAACUUUGGAGGCCAGAUGCAUGAGCUGAUGGAUGACUGUGAGUCUCUCCAGGAUCGUUUCUUGAUGUCCGACAUGCAGUCCUGCAGCGUGAUGGACGGCCACUGGCUGAUGUUCGAGCACCCCAACUACAGAGGCCGAAUGACGUACGUGAGGCCCGGGGAGUACAGGGGCCUCCGAGACACAGGCGCGAGCAACUUGAUGAGGGUCAGCUCCAUCAGGCGCAUCAUGGAUAUGUGCUGA